GUUUGACUGAGGGAUUGAAAAAAAGUGUCUGCUCCGAUAGCAGUUGUACGGAAUCGGGUUCAUUAUUUUGUAACUUAUUUUGUGCUAAAGACAGCGCGUUGGCUGUAGCUGAACGGCAAAAUGCUUUCCUCUGGGUCGGCUGCAAUCGGGGUGAGUGCUCUGGCCUCAACGGCUUACGGCAAUGAGCGUACCGAGGUAGCAGAAUACGCGAACGAGGGUGGCUUCUUCCACGCAGAUUACAAAAAGCACGAUGACUUGAAGCAAAUGUUGGACAGCAACAAGGACAGCCUGAAGCUGGAGGCGAUGAAACGAAUCAUCGGGAUGAUAGCGAAGGGCCGCGACGCGUCCGACCUGUUUCCGGCCGUGGUGAAGAAUGUGGUGUCGAAAAACAUCGAAGUAAAGAAGCUGGUGUACGUGUAUCUGGUGCGAUACGCCGAGGAGCAGCAAGAUCUGGCCCUGCUUUCAAUCUCCACCUUCCAGCGGGCGUUGAAGGAUCCGAAUCAGCUGAUCCGAGCCAGCGCACUGCGCGUGCUGUCCAGCAUCCGGGUGUCGAUGAUUGUUCCGAUCGUGAUGCUUGCGAUCCGCGACUCCGCCUCCGACAUGAGCCCGUACGUGCGCAAAACGGCGGCCCAUGCCAUUCCGAAGCUGUACCAUCUCGACCCGGAACAGAAGGACGAGCUGAUCGUGGUGAUUGAGAAGCUGCUGGCCGACCGUACGACGCUGGUGGUCGGUUCGGCGGUCAUGGCGUUCGAGGAGGUGUGCCCGGAGCGGACCGAGCUGAUCCACAAGAACUAUCGCAAGCUGUGCAAUUUGCUCGCCGAUGUGGACGAGUGGGGCCAGGUGCUUAUCAUCAAUAUGCUGACGCGGUACGCACGAACGCAGUUUCUGGAUCCUAACGCUGAUGAUGACUAUGACUACCAGGAAGCAGAAAAUAAACCCUUCUACGAGGACGAGUCCGAUUCCGAUGCUUCGGACGGCAAACGAAAGGAGAGUGCGGCGGUGGCUUCGCCUCGAAAAACCUACACGCUCGACAUCGAUCAUCGGAUGCUAUUGCGGCAGACGAAACCAUUGCUGCAAAGUCGCAACGCGUCCGUCGUUAUGGCCGUCGCCCAGUUGUACCACCAUGUGGCACCACGUAACGAGGUGGAAAUAGUGGCGAAAGCGUUAAUACGCUUACUGCGCAGCUACAAGGAGGUGCAGAGCAUCGUGCUCACCUGCAUUGCCUCGAUGACGAUCGAGCGGAAGUCCAUCUUCGAGCCGUUUAUCAAAUCGUUCUUCGUGCGCACAAGCGACCAGACGCAUAUAAAGCUGCUGAAGCUGGAAAUUCUGACGAACCUAGCGACGGGUAGCAACAUUUCCGUAAUUUUACGCGAGUUUCAAACGUACAUCAGUAGCAACGAUAAAGAGUUUGUGGCUUCCACGAUUCAGGCUAUCGGGCGGUGUGCGGUUUCGAUUUCGGAAGUGACGGAAACGUGCCUGAGCGGUUUGGUGCAUCUACUAUCGAACAAGGAUGAGUACGUGGUGGCGGAGAGUGUGGUCGUGAUCAAAAAGCUGCUGCAGACAAAGAAGGAGGAACAUUUCGAAAUCAUCUCGCAGAUGGCGAAGCUGCUCGAUUUCAUCCAGGUACCGGCGGCGCGUGCCUCCAUCCUGUGGCUUAUCGGUGAGUACAACGAAAAGGUGCCGAAGAUUGCACCCGAUGUGCUGCGCAAAGCGGUCAAAAGCUUCAUCGACGAGCAGGAUAUUGUGAAGCUGCAGGUACUGAAUCUGGCAGUGAAGCUGCACAUUACCAACCCGCAGCAGACGUCCCUGCUGUGUCAGCAUCUGCACAAUAUCGCCCGCUACGAUCCUAACUAUGACAUACGCGACCGGGCUCGGUUCUUGAAACCAUUCCUGCUGGCCUCGCCGGACGGGUCGGAUGCUGCCGGAUCGAUUCUGGUGGCAAAGGCAAGGAAAAUCUUCCUGUCCGAGAAGCCGGCUCCAACGCUCGAAAGCAUGUACCACGGCAGACGGCAAUAUCAGCUGGGAUCACUGUCGCACUAUCUGAAUAUGCCCACGAACGGGUAUCAAGAUUUGCCCGCCUGGCCAGCGGAGGCGCCCGACAGCUCGGUAAGAAACGUGGAACCACCGGCAUCGAUGGGUGGUGGAGAGUAUCCGGGACGGCCGGGCAACGAUCGUGCUGGAAGUGGAAAUUCUGUCGGGGAAGCUGACCGGCGCAAGAAAAAGGCGAAAUCUUUCUACUCCGGCUCGGAGGAUGGCACCCGGUCGAGCACUACGGAGGGUGCGUCGACCGCUUCUGGUUCGUCUUCGUCGGGUUCCGGCUCGAGCUCGGGAUCGGGAUCAUCAUCGUCUGGUUCGUCGAGCUCCGGCAGUGGUUCUAGUGGCAGCGAAAGUGGUACCAGCAGCAGCGACAGUGGAAGUAGUAGCACCAGUGGCAGCGAGGACAGUGAUUCCGGUUCUUCGAGUGACAAUGCAACGCGAAAGGUGCAGAAAAGUGUUGCCAAUGCACGUGAUGCAGCAGCAAAGAACAACCGUCGGAAGGAGGAUAGACCGACGAAAACGGCUUACAAUGAGAUGGACGGUACGAGUCGAUCCAAUAAGCAAAGCUCGAUGGAUGAGAGCGAUAGUGAUAGCAGCGGAAGCUAUGAGUCAUCCUCGUCUUCAGCCUCGUCUUCGGGAGGCAAGAAAAAAUCAUCUUCCAAACCCCAAACUAGCAAGCCGAACAACAAGCCCCGGGGAGGGGAGAAAAAGUCCGCAACGAAUGCUCCGGGCAAAAGCAACCUGGACCUUUUGCUCGACCUCGACGACAUUCCGCCGAUCGGUCCGGUGAUGACACCCUCGCUGGGAGGAUUCCUAACGCCUAUGGCAGCAACAAACACGGCAGGCGCUGGCACCGGCAUUGAGCUGGUCGGUCCGAGCUUCAUACCGAUCAAGAAGCACGAGCUGCUAAACAAGGUGAACGGGUUCGGGCUGGGAAUCGAGUAUCGUUUCGUUCGCUCGCCCCAUCUGUACUCAUCGCGCAUGGUUUCGGUGGAGCUGACGUUCACGAACCAUGGCAACGUAGAGCUGAUCGACAUCGAGAUGGGCAAGAAAGGGAACCUUCCGGCCGGGAUGGCUGUGAACGAUUUCGCCCCGAUCGGUAGGCUGAAUCCCGGACAGAGCGUGACGGGAAUGCUGGGCGUGGACUUUAACGAUUCUACCCAGCCCGUGCGGCUGGAAAUCUGUUCAGCGAGCGGCUCGAGCACGGUAACGCUGAAGGCUCCGGUCGGCGAGAUGGUACGAUCGGUAACCAUCGCGGAGAGUACGUUCGACAGCGAGCGGGCCAAGCUUCGUGGCAUGACGGAACAUUCCUGCACGCUGCAGCUCCGUGAUGCCCUUUCCCCGGACGAUAAGAGUUUGCAUCGGGCCGUGUUUGAGGCGAGCAAUGUGGCGUGCGUACCAGUCGAUGAUGGGAAGGACGAUUCCGUCAAGCGAUUGCUUUUCGCUGGACAAACGAUGAGCUCCAAAAGUUUGGUGCUCGUUGUGCUGGAGCGAAGCAGCACGUCCGACGGUAAAAACGCAUACUCAUUGACCGUGAACUGCGAAAAGUUGGUCGUCGGAUCGAUGCUGCUGAACGAGCUGAAGGCGGCGCUGAAGCAGUAGGGCGUUUGCAACAACGGCGGUGGCAGACCCCUUUCAUAUUACUAAUCAAGAGUAAAGCGAAUUUGUGCUUAUCGUAUUAUUAUAUUUUUUAUGCAAUCUCAUACUAUGCGCAUGCUGUGCAAAUUAAAAUAUCGAAAUAAAGCAAAGUCCGUUAAACGCA